AUGGCCCGAGUAUCUGUUACCACAACUCUCGUGGAAGUGACCGACCAAUUGGACGACACACCAUGUCGAGUCUUCUUUAAAAACGAGCUUGAACAGCCUUCGGGAAGCUUCAAAUUGAGAGGAAUCGGCCAUCUUAUCAGCAAACAGUUGGCCCAAAAAGAGCCCGGAAAAACUAAAGUUCACGUUUAUUCGUCUUCCGGAGGCAACGCCGGGCUAGCAGCAGCGUAUGCCAGCAGAGAACUCGGCGUUCCGUGCACGGUUGUUCUUCCAAAGUGGUCGCUGGCUGUUGUUGGAAAUCUUGAAAAAUUGGGGGCCACGGUAAUCAUGUUUGGAGAGCAUUGGGGCAUUGCUGACGACCAUUUGCGGAAUGUAAUCAUGAAAAGUGCACCAAGCGAUGUCCAGACCGUCUAUGUACACCCAUUUGACAAUCCUGUGAUCUGGGAUGGCCAUGCUACUUUGGUUGACGAAAUCAAAAGUCAAUUGCGUCCCAAUGAUGCCAAAGCCAUAAAAGGAGUUGUGUGCAGUGUUGGCGGUGGUGGUCUUUACAAUGGAGUUGUAGAAGGCUUGAAACGUAAUAAAAUGGACGAAACUUCUGUUCUUGCAAUUGAGACGUUCCAGACCCCCACAUUUUCCAGUGCAGUUGAGGAAGGAAAAGUGGUGAAUUUGCCCACUAUUAAGACCACAACCACGUCGUUGGCAUCUCCAUACUUGUCUCAACAGUCCCUUGAAAAUUAUAGAGAGGGAAAAACUGUGGUUAAAAUGGUGGACGACUCGGAAGCCAAAUCGGCUGCGGAAAAGUACCACAAAUUGUUUGGGAAAAAGGUAGAAGCUUCUUGUGGAGCAGCAUUGACUGCUGUGCUCGACAGCAAGGUGUUUCUCAAAGAUUUAGGAAACUUGACCAAGGACGAUAUUGUGGUGGUUGUAGUGUGCGGAGGCAUAGUUGGUCUCGGGAUGGAUUAG